AUUAAAAAAAAGAAAAUACUCCAAAAUGAUUCAAAUUUUCUCAAAGCAGAACACACAUGCGCUCAAGUUAAAAACGUGAGUGAGAUAGAAAGUAAAAAAUACCAAAGUAACUAAAAAACGCUUUAUAAUUUUUUAGCCGACAAAUUUAAUAAUUAUAUAUUUAAUAAUAAUUAUUAAAAAAAAAACUAAUUAAACAAGCAAUUUGCAAAUUAAUGAAUAAAAUUGCUUUUGAAUAAAUAAAAAGUGAGAAAGGGCAGGUGUAGAUAAAUUUUUUUCUGUUUGUUAUUUCUCUCUUGUACCUGGUAUAAUCAUCAUCAUCAUAAUCAUAAUAAUAAUAACAAUUGAAAAAUAUCAACGUGCUGAAAAGUUAACUCAUGGACAAUAUGAUGGAAGAUGAUGAAGGACCAGAAUUUGUCUGGCAAGAUUAUCUUGAUGCAACAAAAACAAUUGAAGUACCACAAAUAAAUUUUCACCACGUGGAAGCGACACUACAAAAUGGAAUCGAAAUUGGUAUGUCAUUGGAGGUGCCAGUUGUCAAGGAGAAUGAAAGCGAUGAUAUUUGUUGGGUAGCAACAAUUGUAAUGGCAUGUGGUCCUCUACUAAGACUUCGUUAUUAUGGUGGUGAUGAUAGAUCACUUGAAUUUUGGUUUAAUUUAACAAAAGAAGCUGCUCAUGAAUUGGGCUGGUGUAAAAAAAAUAAUAAACGUCUUGAACCACCACAGUCAAUAAUUGAUAAAUCACCAGAUUGCAUUGAUACAUUAGAUAAUUUUUUAACAACAGCAACAUCAGUACCAAGUGAAAUGCUUAGUGGUGAAGGAUUAAGUAUGGUUGAUAGAAUAAAAGAUGGUACUAAAGUUGAAGUUAAUGAUCCACAAAAUCCAUAUAACCUUUGGGUUGCAACAAUUAUGGAAAAUGUUGGUGGUAGAUUAUUAUUACGUUAUGAUACACCUGGUGCACUUGUUAAUGAUUUUUGGGUAUUUUGUACAUCUGAAACACUUCAUGUACAUGGUUUUGCAACUAAAAAAAUUAAUUCAAAAAAAUAUUGUUUACAACCACCAAGUUCAGUAAUUGAUACACAUACUUAUGAUGAAUGGAAAGAAAUCUAUGAUGCAUCACCAAAAGAUGAUGUAUCAUCACAAAAUUUAUUCAACUAUAAUACAAUACAUGCACAUCAUAAAUUUAAAACUGGCAUGAAAAUUGAAGCAUUAUUGCCAAAUGACAGAACAAAAAUAUGUCCAGCAACAAUUGGCAAAGUAUUUGAUGAAGUUUAUUUUUUAGUUGAAAUUGAUCAAAUAUAUAGUAUGAAUGAUAAAAAAUCAUGGCUAUGUACUGUUGAUCAUCCAUAUAUAUUUCCAAUUGAUUGGUCUAAAAAAAAUGGCAUUAAAAUUGAACCACCAGCUGGUUGGAAUAGACUAGUUAAUGGUGAAUUUGAAUGGAAAAAUUAUUUAAAAUUAACAAAAUCAAUUGCUGCUAAUGAAGAAUUAUUUCCUCAACGUGAAUCAGCAAUUGAUGGUGGUUUUGAAGUAAACAUGAGACUUGAAGCUGUUGAUCCAAGAAAUGAGGGUACAAUAUGUGCAGCACAUAUUACAAAAAUUGUACAAGAUUUAUUAUGGAUAUCAUUGGAUAAUGAUCCAAUAAAAUGUCCUCAACAUAUUGUACACAUGAGAUCAAUGCAAAUAUUUCCAGUUGGUUGGUGUGAAUCAAAUUUAUUUCCUCUUGAAUCACCAAAGGAUUAUGCAACAGUAUGUCGUAAAAUUGAUUAUGAUGAUAAAAAAAUUGAUAAAAGAAGCUUUGUUGAUAUGCCAAUGUCGUCUGAUCAAAAAAUAUCAUCAUGGUCACCAAAAAUAUAUUUUAAUUAUCGUUGUCAUACUGGUCCAAUGGUAUCAAAAGGUAAAUUAGCAACACUACCAAAAUCAGUUGGUCCUGGACCAGCAACACUUGUUAUGAAAGAAAUAUUAUCAAUGAUUGUAUCAGUUGGUUAUAGAUCAUCAAGAAUAUUAAAAGCCAUACAGUGUGAUACUAAAGCUGAAACUGGAUAUGAACUUGUUGAGCUUAAAGCUAAAUAUAAAGAUAGAACAUAUCGUGCAAAUGUUGCUGUUGUAUCUAGUGGUGAAAUGGUACCAGAAUUUUGUCGUAAUAUAUGUAAAAAAAUAUUAGUUUGUCCAAAUUUAUUUGGUCCAAUUAAAGUUGCUGAACUAUCAAAAUGUCCAGAUAGAUGUCAAAAAGCUAAACAUAGAUUUACUCUAUCAGCAAGUAAAAAACCAACAACAGUAUAUAAUAUGAAUAAUAAUAGUUUGAAUAAUCAAGAUGACGAUAAUGAUGAUGAUGAUGACAGUGAAAAAUCAAAACCAUGGGGUAAAAAAAAAAGAAAAAAUCAAGACGAUGAUGAUGAUGAGGAAGAGGAUGAUAAUAAUGAUGAAUCAGCAUUUAUUGAUAUGGAUAAAAAAAAAACUAAUAAUCAUUGUAACAAUGAUGAACGACCACAAUUAUCAGAAAUUGACAUGAUGAUACAUAAAAAUUUGACAAAAACAAAAAAUUUAUUAAUUAAAAAAACAAGUGUGCCAUCAAGUAAUGCAUCUGAUGAUUCAAGAAGUUCAUUUAAUGAUAGAAGAAGUAAAGAAAGUAAUAUUGAUAGUCCUGGUAGUAUAAAUACACCAAAAAAUAGUUUAAAUGGUUCAUUGAGUCAAUCAAUAAAACGUGAACGAGAUUUUGAUGAUGCUGGUGAAUCAGAAGCUGAUGAUAAUGAAGAUGAAUAUGUUAGAAUACAACAAAAACAAAGAAGACCAAAAACAAGAAAAUUAGAAUCAAAUCCAUUGUCAUGGAGUGUUGAUGAUGUUUUUCGUUAUUUAAGAAAAACAUCUGAUUGUAAAGAUUUGGCUUAUCGAGUUAGACAAGAGGAAAUUGAUGGAUUGGCAUUUUUACUAUUGAAUUUACCAUCUUUAACUGAACACAUGAAAUUACGCACGAGUUUGGCAAUGAAGCUAUGUCGACAUGUUGAACAAGUUAAAGUUACAUAUUUCAUUCGUUACAUCAAUGAAAAAGAAACGACAACAACAGCAGCAGCAUCAACAAUUAACCAAACAAUUUAG